CUGCUUCCUCUGCCCUUCUCACUCCCAUUUUCUCUCUCCUAAAAAGCUCAAUAACAGGGCAGUUGUUGGUUAAUUGGUCAUUUUCCAACACUACCCUUUUCCAGUUUUAUCUCUCUAGAAUCCACCAAUGGCUUCUUCUUCUUCAAGCUCCCCUGUUUUUCUAAUCCUCUGUUUUUUCACCUUCUUCCUCCUCUGUAAUGCAAACCCUUUCCGAAGCUAUCACCGCCGCCACCCACGCUUCGCUUCGCAUAAUUACAAAGAUGCCCUCACAAAAUCCAUCCUCUUUUUCGAAGGCCAAAGGUCAGGCAAACUCCCUCCUAACCAGAGAAUGUCUUGGAGGAAAGAUUCUGGCCUUACUGAUGGCGCACAAGCACAUGUGGAUUUAGUAGGAGGAUACUAUGAUGCAGGGGACAAUGUGAAGUUCGGGUUUCCAAUGGCGUUCACAACCACAAUGUUAUCAUGGAGUGUGAUUGAAUUUGGUGGGCUUAUGAAGCAAGAACUCCAACAUGCUAAACAAGCUGUCCGUUGGGCUACUGAUUAUCUCCUCAAAGCCACCGCACAUCCAGACACCAUCUACGUUCAGGUGGGAGAUGCUGUAAAAGACCAUGCUUGUUGGGAAAGACCAGAAGAUAUGGACACACCAAGAACUGUAUUAAAAGUUGACAAAAAUAACCCUGGGACUGAGGUUGCUGCUGAGACUGCUGCUGCCCUUGCUUCUGCUGCUAUGGUGUUUAGGAAGAGUGACCGUGCUUACUCUAGGCUCCUUAUUAACCGUGCUAUUAGGGUUUUUGAGUUUGCUGAUAAGUACAGAGGGACUUACAGUGAUGGGCUCAAGAGCUAUGUUUGUCCCUUCUAUUGUUCUUACUCUGGUUAUCAGGAUGAGCUAUUGUGGGGAGCAGCUUGGCUUCAUAGAGCAACCAGAAACCCAAUGUACCUAAACUACAUUCAAAGAAAUGGUCAAAUUCUUGGUGCCAGUGAGCAGGAUAACACCUUUGGUUGGGAUAACAAGCAUGCUGGUGCCAGAAUUCUUCUUUCUAAGUCAUUCCUUGUUCAAAGAAUGCAAUCACUCCAUGAGUACAAAAGCCACUCUGAUAAUUUCAUAUGUUCCCUAAUUCCCGGUGCACCUUUCUCCACAGCUCAAUACACUCCAGGAGGACUUUUGUUCAAGAUGAGUGAUGACAACAUGCAAUAUGUGACCUCUACCUCAUUUCUUCUCUUAACCUAUGCCAAGUACCUUAAAAGUUCCGGCACCACCGUCUCGUGUGGCGGCACCACCGUCUCCGCUAGAACCCUUCGAACCAUCGCCAAAAAACAGGUAGACUACUUAUUGGGGACGAACCCAAAAAAGAUGUCCUACAUGGUAGGGUACGGGCCAAACUACCCGAAAAGAAUCCAUCACAGGGGUGCAUCACUACCGUGCAUUUCAUCACACCCACAGAAGAUCCAAUGCUCAGCCGGGUUUAGUUUCAUGAAAACGGAAUCACCCAAUCCAAAUGUUCAUAUAGGUGCUAUUGUUGGUGGGCCCGACCUUCAUGAUAAUUUCCCAGAUGAACGGUCAGAUUAUGAGCAAUCAGAACCAUCCACGUAUAUCAAUGCCCCUCUUGUUGGUGCCCUAGCUUACUUGGCUCACUCCUAUGGCCAACUCUAAAGUAAAAGUGUGAAGUGACCCAAUUAUUAAGGGCACCUUUUCCCUAAUUACUUAUUUUUAAGGGUAUUUUUUUUUUAAAUUAAAAAAGGAAGUGUAAUUAGUGGGUUUAGUAUCGAGGAUUAAGCUGGAGCCCCUUGAAAAAAAGAGAGUGGUUCUGCUUUUUUUUUUUUUAUAUUUUAAUUUAGUACUACUAAAUAUUAUUAUUAGUAUUGGUUUAGUAGUACAAGGAAUAGUUUGAAGCUUUUAAGGAGUAAUGUUAUAAUUAGAGUGUGGAUUAUCCUAAUUUAACGGGUAAUAUUUGCUUGUUUCGUGCCACAAACGGCGUGUUCGUUAUUGUAAAGUCCAUUUUGUCA